GAAAGCUGGCAUUGAAAACAGAAAUAUUUUUACUGACGCACAGAAAGAUGUUUUUGUUGCUGUAAAUAAUAACUGACAUUGAAAAAGGCAGAAAUAUUUCAGUAAGAUCGUUUCUUCGUUUUGGGAGCUUUUCUGUUCGGCCUUUUGUGUGGAAACUUGUUUUCUGGUUCUUUGUGAUCUUCCUGCUCGUCUCUUCCUGGCCGUUUCUGAACUUCCGGUUUGAUGUGUGAACUCGGAGCUUCAGAGCCGUUCAGAACCGCCGGACUCGGUAAUCGGUCCGCUUUAACGAGCCUGCUGCUGGGCGUGGAGCCGCGAAGAAAGCGUCCCUCAUUACAGACACCAGACGGACCGGUACCGGAACCGAGCAGCUGCGGCUGAGUGUGGGUUUCUCAGCAGCAGCAGCGCCGGCCCUUUUUUCCGCUCUGACUCGUCGCUGGGCUUCCUGUGCCUCCGCCAGUCGCUCUGCACUCCAACAUGGCCAUCAGCAGAAAAGACAGCUUCCUCUGGGGCAAAGCGCCACCGAGGCUCCGACUGGCUGAGAGGAGGCAGAGCGACCGCAGCGGCCAACCUGAGCUGCUGGACGACCUGCAGAAGCUGAAACUGGAGCUGAAUGAUGGAGCGGCCGGAUCCAACAACCCGGACCUGAAGCGCCACAGUAAAAGUGUCGUGAGGAACAGGAAGUUUCUACGAGGGAAAAAGAAAUUCAACAUGGACCCAAAAGUGGGCGUCCGCUACCUUGUGGAACACGGCGUCCUGGAGUGGCGAGCCGAGCCGGUGGCGGAGUUCCUCUACAAGGAGGAGGGGCUUAACAAGACCGCCAUCGGCAACUUCCUGGGAGAACGGGAGGAAAUGCACCUGAAGGUCCUGAAGGCCUUCGUGGCUCUGCAUGAGUUCUCCGACCUGAAUCUGGUCCAGGCGCUGAGGCAGUUUCUGUGGAGCUUCCGGCUCCCAGGUGAAGCCCAGAAGAUCGACCGGAUGAUGGAGGCGUUCGCGGCGCGUUACUGCGACUGUAACCCCGGAGUGUUCCAGUCCACAGACACCUGCUACAUCCUGUCUUUUGCCAUCAUCAUGCUCAACACCAGUCUGCACAACCCCAACGUGAAAGACAAGCCCAACCUGCAGCGCUUCGUCUGCAUGAACCGAGGAAUCAACAACGGCGCCGACCUUCCCGUCGACCUGCUCACGAAACUUUACGCCAGCAUCCGCAGCGAACCCUUCAAGAUCCCCGAGGACGACGGCAACGACCUUACUCUGACCUUCUUCAACCCGGACCGCGAGGGCUGGCUGCUGAAGAUGGGCGGACGGGUCAAGACGUGGAAACGCCGCUGGUUCAUCCUGACCGACAGCUGCCUCUACUACUUCCAGUACACAACGGAUAAAGACCCGAUCGGGAUCAUCCCUCUGGAGAAUCUCUGUGUCAGAAAGCUGCAGGAUUCCAGCAAACCGUUCUGUCUGGAGCUGUACAGCCCCAAAGGUCAAAAGGUCAAAGCCUGUAAGACGGAGAACAAAGGCCGAGUGGUGGAGGGGAAACACCAGUUCUACCGGCUGAACGCCGCCAGCGAGGAGGAGAGAGACGACUGGAUCAGCGCCAUCAGGGCGAGCAUCACCAAGGACCCGUUUUACGAUUUGGUGUCGAUGAGGAAGAGGAAGGUGAUCAGGAAUGCUUCAUCAUCGGACUGAAGCAUCCUGAACGAAGCUUCACGACGUUUCACAGAAACAAGCUGAACUGGAGAGACAAAGAGGAAACGGGAACUCACAGAAACGAAGCGUCCACGUCACUUCUGCAAACUGCAGACAGACGGUUCCUGGAAGAAUGUGUUAGCAGCGUUAGCGUUAGCAGCGUUAGCAGCGUUACAUUAAACUGACCUCAUUCUCUCCAUGUGAAGGAAAUGAACUAAAGUUAUCACAAAGAAGCUUAAAAAUGAAAAACGACGGACAAACAGCAGCGAAGAACCACAAAGCUAAAAGAGACGAAACGAAACUG